GCUGCGUGGCCGCGAGCCCCGGGAGCUGGCACCGGGAUUGUCACCAACUGUCCCUGAGCGUCACCGAGUGUGCAUCCAACCACCCCCUGGUGCGCCGGAUCCGCCGGGAUUGCUCCGACUCCUUCGGGGCCUUCGAGCGCUGCCUGCGGGAGCGGCCCCGGCGCGCGGCCGAGUGCGGCCCCCAGAGAAUCCCUGGAAUUAAAACCCAUCCAGGAAUGCCGAGAAAGCCUCAGAACCUUCUGGAAUCUCCUCCCAAAUCCUGGGAAUUGCCUCUCUGGAAAAGGAGCCCUGGGAUGUGGGGCCUGAUCCGCAAUUCCCUGCGGAUUCCCGGGUUUUUAUCCCAAGAAUUGGAGGAAGAAAUUAAAAUUCCAGCAGGGUCUCCCCAGGAAUCUUUGGGAUGGGACCAAAAAUUCUACUUUUCCUUCCAAUUUUUUUCCUUUUUUCCCCUCCUUUUUUCCCCAUCUUUUCCUGCCUUUUCCCCCCACCUUUUCCUUCUUUUUCAGCUUUUCCUUGGCUCCCUCCCAGUUUUUGGGGUUUUUUUUGGGAAUCUCGUGUUCCCACGGAAUUAUUCAGAGAUUGGAGUCGCUGUUUUCCAUGGGAAAAAAAACCUCUGGGAAUUCUGGAAGCCUUCUCAACCCUUGGGAGCCCCAAAAUUCCGGGAAUUCCAAUCCCACCACCCUCCCCCAAAUUCCUAAAACUUUUCUGUCUUUUUUUUUCCUUUUUUUUUCCUGGGAUUUAUUUCCUACCAGACAUACAAAAAAACCCCAAAAAAA